AUGGAUAUCGAUGCCAACACCAUUGCUAUAUAUACAAGAAGACGCCAGAAUCAGCGGGCGCUCCUCACUGAGUUAGAAUCAAAGCUAAAGUCACUGGAGAGCGGAGGCCAGUGUAGCACACCGCCGUCGAAAGCUUCAUGUGUUUCGACACCAAAGUAUCCUUCCCCAGUAACACCAGGGGUAUCAGGCCUGCCCGGGCAACCGGUUCCUGGGCUGCAGUAUGAGGACACUGAUGCUAGGGGCACUUUCCCGGUCGAAACCCAUCUGUUUCCUCCAGUCUCUCCUUCAGCACAACCUUUCGUGCAACCCCCGAACGGCAGCAAUAUUAAUAUUACGAACAAUUAUUACUCACCGCAACCAAGACUGAAUUCUGGAAACCUGCUGGCGCAAGGCGGUGCAGCACCAAUUCCGCUUGACUUGCCAUGUAGUGGUCUGCCUUCAGCCUUAGGUCAGACACGAGCUCCCGGUGCAGCUCAAAGCAAUGGACGUCAAGAUAACGUGCCUGUAUCCAUUGAAGCCCUCGUUCCUGUUUACGCACGUGGAAGUGUGGAGCCUGAGGAAGCAGCCAACUUGAAUGCAGCUAACUUGAAUCCCACCACGGAUGAUCUCGAGGAGCAUCCUAUGGUUUUUACUCCCACAAAAGCGCCAGAAAGGGGCACACUUCACCAACUACGAGGAUCGCAAAGCGGGGCUGACGGCGAAAAUGAAGGCACGGCGGAGCGAUGGCAGGACAAUUCUUGUAGAACUUUCCCAUGGUCGUUGCAGCUAGCUAUGGAGAAUCGAAAUAUAUUUGGAAAUGCAGGUUUUCGUCAGAAUCAGCGGGAAGCCAUGAAUGCGGCUUUAUCUGGGAAGAAUGUCUUUAUUCUCAUGCCGACAGGGGGCGGUAAGUCGUUGUGCUAUCAGCUCCCAUCUUUGCUCCAGGAAGGGGUGACAGUUGUCAUUUCUCCACUAGUGUCCUUGAUUCAGGACCAAGUAGAUCACUUAUGGUCAAAGCAGAUUCCUUGUGGGGCCUUGACUUCUGGAACACCCCAAAGAACGAAGAACGAACUCAUGAAAGACCUCUACAAUUCAAAACCAAUGAGCAAGCUUAUAUACGUAACACCGGAAAAAAUCACUCGAAGCCCGGCAUUUUUUGACCUUUUGGCUUCCCUCUCAAAGAGAAAGAUGCUUCAGCGCUUCGUCAUUGAUGAGGCACACUGUGUAUCGCAAUGGGGUCACGAUUUUCGGCCCGACUACAAAGAACUAGCAAUUUUUAAGGAGAGGUUCCCAGACGUUCCUAUCAUGGCAUUAACGGCUACUGCAACUCCAGAAGUACGCGAGGAUAUCAAGGUCCAACUUCGCAUAAGUCGUGAUUGUGUAAUGUUCAAGCAAAGUUUUAAUAGAACGAAUUUGGCUUAUGAAGUUCGGAGAAAGAAAAAGAAUGUGGUUGACGAAAUAGCGAUGGAGAUCAAGACCAUUCAUCAAGGGGAGGCUGGAAUUAUUUACUGUUUCAGCCAAAGAGAUUGUGUCACUGUUGCUGAGAAUUUGGCCAGGAAGCAUCAUUUGCGAGCAUUACCGUACCAUGCUGGCCUGAGUGAUGAGCUUAGGAGAGCCAAUCAGAUGGAAUGGUCGAACGGUAGCGUCCACAUCAUUUGUAGUACUCUUGCUUUUGGUAUGGGAAUUGACAAAGCAAACGUCAGGUUUGUGUACCAUCAUACUAUCCCAAAGAAUAUCGAAGGAUACUACCAAGAAAGUGGUCGAGCGGGAAGGGAUGGCUUGUUGAGCCGGUGCGUUUUAUACUUCUCCAUAGGUGACCGAAUGAAAGUACUUAACAUGAUUCUUCAGGACGCUCCAGGCGGGAAUCCCUACAGUCGUGGACGCGGUCGGGGCGGCAGAGGGCGACGGGGCGGAUCCUUCAGGAAUCGAAACGGCCCAUCUGGAAACCCCACGAACGAGGGCCAGGUACUAAGGAACACACAGGGACUCGCAAAGAUAACCGCUUAUUGCUUGGACGACAUCACGUGUCGGAGGACUCUCCUGUUGUCUCAUUUCGAUGAAAAGUUCAGUUCAUCGAAUUGCGACCCGAAAUGCGAUAACUGCAAGAAUACCGGGGGGGUUUUCAGCAAUGUCGACAUGACUGACCAUGGACUAGCUAUUGCAAACGUCGUUGGCGUAUGUCAGAGCACCGGCAGAAGAAGUUCUGGGCAGUCCGCAGCAUACAUUGUAGAGUUUUACAUGGGCCGAAAGUCAAGAAUGAAGAGCAGUGACCACCUUUCACAUCCGUCCUUUGGUGCCGGAAAGGGGCUCCUCAAAGAUAACGACGUGUAUCGAGUAAUUGAAGAGUUGUGCUCCCUCCAAGUCUUACAGGUGGCCUGCGACAUCAAUGCCUAUGGUGGCGUGCAAUCGCAACUGUUGCGAAAUUGGGACCCCAGUCCCUUACAAAAGUUGCGAUCACGGCAAACAAGGAUCGUCUUGCAGUCUCGGGCAAGUGGCCAAAAUUCGGCCAAUCCCAAGCGUUCCAGGACAGCCACUGCGGCAAAGUCUGUGGCUUCGACCAAGAGACCACGCCUCCAUGUCGGCGAUCAUGAUGAAAACGUACCUUCGGAGACCCCUACUGCUGCUACCUCGGGUGUGACUUACACGUCGCCAUACUUUCGCGGAGGAUCCAGUGGUGGCCCUUUUCCUCCCACGUCCGGCAGAUUAGCUAGUAACAGUGCUCCCGCUCUGUCCGAUAGAAAUGUAACCCCAAGCGCAUGUCAGGCGCCUUCCGGAGCAGUUGUCAUUGAUGACGACGAUGAUUUGAUUGAAAUUCCAAGGCAUGCUCAAAAAGCAGCUCCGAGACCCAGGCCAUCUGUCCGGCCACCUCCGAAACGACGAACGAGAAAGACCAAGUGA